AUGGCCUUUCAAGAUGACGAUGAACCCGGGGGCAGCGGAUUCAUCGACGUUGCACCUGUUUUUCUUGAAGCUGCAGCUGACAUCGGGGAAGAAUCAAUGAUCUCUAUAGAGAAUUUUACUCUACAUGACGCUAUGAUGGCCAUAGAGAUUAUGGACCCUCGGAUGGACAGCGGUAUCGAAAGGGACGCUUACCCGCGUCAGAGAUUCGAUCCUUAUCAAGCACUGUUACCCGAAGAGGUCUGUUGGAUCAUCGAUCGUAUGUUCGCUGCCGAGACCGCGUGGCACACUGGACAUUCUCUCGCUCAGACAGUUUAUACAUGUCUAUAUGUUCACGAACUCGGAGUGGGUAGGCUAUGGAAUGGCAACCGAAUCAACACCCGCAUUCUCCAGAUACCGCAAGAUCCUUCACGUCCGUUGCAGCUCGUGACACUGGUCUUGCGUGCCUCUGUGUACGGAAUCCUCAAAACAUGUGAUCUAGCUUGGAGGGAGAUGACCAGGGGCCAUAUUCUCGAGAUGGAAGACUUCAAUGGAGACAAGUCGGAACGCUACUUGUGCGAAACUAUUUCCGCCUCUGAAAUCAUUGGGAUGCUCGAUGCUGCAAGAACAUGGCUCCUCUCUCGACAGUGUACCAUAACUACAUGGAGGACUGAACUUCUCGCUCGAAUUGACCUGCGUCGUAUGAUGCUAUUACUUCUCUCGUCUUCUCUUCCGAGCGAAGCAGCGCAUUAUAAGGCGACUAUUCGACAAGCUCAGGAAUACCUGACCGUGAUCAAGCAAUUCAAUGAGCCACCUAUCCCUCACAAAGGCUCAACUGCGCUAAAAAGCUUUGAUCCCAUCAUUGCUCGGAGGUUAAUUUCCAUCAUGCCUCCAAAGAUUGUCGAGCUUCCGAAUCAUCACCAGACGUGGGAACAAUACUCUUUAUUCAUCGACGGCCUACGAGAAGUAGCCCUCUUGAGUACUUGUCCUUCGUUCAGUGGUAUACAGGAGUUACUGGACCUGCGCACCUCACAACCGCCGCGACCAAACCGAUGGGCCUUUGUUCGCUCAUUCUCGUGUACUUCCAUUCACAACGCACGAGGAGAUCUAUGGGCAAACGAAAUGUUUGCAAUGCUAGCUGAUCUCAAGUUGGAAACUGCAAUAAACAACCUUCCAGUUUCGCCUAUCGAUCACACAUCACUCCCAUACUUUCACAUUGCUAUUCCAAAGAUGAUCAAGGAGUAUAUGGCGUCCUUUUUUUGCAAUCGGCCUCGCCAGAGAAGGCGGCUGUGCAACUGGAUGAGCGAUUGGUCAGCUUUGGUUCCUUAUUUAUACGAGCUUGUCAUCGAUGUGCCACCCAUCGACGUUCGCCGGAGGGAGGAACUCGAACGACUCAUUGUCUCUCUCCAAAUCGUCCGACUUCUUGGAGCAUGCCAUAUUGUCCUAUCUGGGCUAGAAUUGGGCGUUUAUAGCGAUGUAGAACUACCGUUUGCAUUGUGGUACGGCUCGACGCUGUUCGCCGAGCUGAGCAGAGAUGUUGCGCAGCUUGAGGGUAGGAAGGCAAGUGAUGCGGUCCAUUUAGAUGAUUCAGUACCUGCCGUUAUUUGGCUCCCUAUUAUGGCAAAGUUCUUCCAAGCAACCUCUCAAGCUGCAAUCCUUGUGGGCCGCAAAGAUAUUGCGGCCCAGUCUCCAGUCCGAGAAGAGGCAACAAUGAAACGAAGAUACAAAUGGGCAUUCACGGUGCCUCGCCUAAUAGACUUGGGAACCGGGCCGUUACCUGCACCCAACAGAGCGUUCCACCCUUCUCCUACAAUUGUCGACCCGUGCGUCCCAGAGUGGGAGCAGUGGGUUAAAUUCAAGAGUGACUUGGGCGAAGAUGCAGCGCUGCAGCUUUCGGACGCCUUCUCUAAUCUUCAUGACCAGCUUCAAAAGAUAGAAGGUGUACUGGCCAAGUUGAAGCAAGGAUACGCAGAUCAACAGCCGAUCGAUGCCGUCAAGGUUCCAAGAGACCGGCCCGCUAGGCCACCACAUCAGCGUUCACUCAGUAGCAUGCUACGGGACUUCUUGCCGGGCGGUUUGGGGUCCCAGGAAGACAGCGGUACCGAGCCUAUAGUCAAGAUCGUAUCAAACUCGCUCAAAUUGGAGCUGGUUAGCGAGAUGAGGUCGGUUGCAAGUAUCAACGUAGCAACGUUUUCGAAACUCUCAACUCCCGACGAACGACAGGAGCCGCGCGUUUCGACGGACGGCGUAAUCGGCACGUCCAUGCCAUCGAUAGCUGGCAGGACGCGGCUCGAGGACGGCUCCGGUGCGCAUUCAUCCGUCCUGCUUGACACAGACCCCAUGUCGCUCGUGGCCACUGGUGAAGGUCAAGCGAAUUUCCAAACGACCCCUGACGGAGCGGAGCACAACGCGCCACCGAGGUUAUGUGGGCGCCCGUCUGGGCUAUCACCGAUAUCGAUUUCUUGCGAGACCAGUCCCAGUCGAUGGUUCCCCGCGUUUGUAUGCCAUCAGAGGUUAUCGGCCGUCCCCGUUUCGGGCGUUACGCCGGUGGCGUGA